AUGGGCGGAAACAGCAAGGCUCCAUCCACUUCUUCCUAUCCUACUUUUGCCAAUCGUCCUGUUGGCCAGCAAAUUAGGAAUAUCUAUAGAGACCGUCUCCGUCAAUUCACUGAUGGAGGCCAGUACUCGGGACACAACCUAGUAGCGAAAUACUAUGAAGCCACAAACGACGAUGAGCAGCAUGUCAAGCUCUCCGUUUACUCGGUGCCAGACCUAGCCAGACCUAGCUUCAAGGAUGCCACCUCCAACCAAUUCAGGCCUACUAGAAGAGGAGAGUCCUUUGGCCCCAGCUGGUCAACUCAUUGGUUCAAGAUCCAACUCACGGUACCGGAGGAUAUGCGCAAAAAGGAGCGACUUGAGUUCCACUGGGAUGCAAACAAUGAGGGGAUGGUUUGGACGGAAGACGGGAAACCAUUGCAGGGCCUGACAGGUGGUGGUGAGAGAAUUGAAUGGAUUUUGCCCGACAGCUUCAGGGAUGGAAAAGAGCACAUCUUCUAUAUUGAAAUGGCCUGCAAUGGAAUGUUUGGCAAUGCCCCCGGCGGCGACUCCAUCCAACCUCCCAACCCAAACAAAUAUUAUCGACUUAAUGUGGCGAGGAUUACAGCUGUAAACUUACAAGCUAGGGCGCUCUACUAUGAUUUCUGGAUGAUUGGAGACGCCGCACGGGAAUUCCCUUCGGAUUCAUGGCACUCCCACGAGGCCCAGCAAGUUGCAAAUGCCAUAAUGGAUGCCUUUAUCGAAGGCAAUGGCAGCCAGGAAUCGAUUAUUAAGGGCCGCCAAAUUGCACAGCAAUACCUGGGCAACUUGGUGGAUUCUGACGCCGUCUAUAAAACUGAUAAACAGCCAAUUGUUUAUGGUAUUGGCCAUUGCCAUAUAGAUUCUUGUUGGUUGUGGCCCUGGGCGGAGACAAGACGUAAAGUGGCCAGGUCCUGGUCUACCCAGUGCGAUUUGAUGGAACGCUACCCCGAAUUGCGUUUUGUCUGUUCUCAGGCCCAGCAGUUCAAAUGGCUAGAGCAGGACUAUCCCUAUGCCUUUGACCGUGUCAAGUCAUGUGUGAAGAAGGGGAGCUUCAUCCCCAUUGGUGGAAGCUGGGUAGAGCAUGAUACCAACAUGCCAAGCGGAGAGUCCUUGGUCCGCCAGUUCGUCUAUGGCCAGCGAUAUUUUGAAAGCCAUUUUGGCGAACGCUGCACCACCUUUUGGCUGCCAGAUACCUUUGGAUACUCAUCCCAGAUUCCUCAACUAUGUCGGUUGGCUGGGAUGAGUCGCUUCUUCACUCAAAAACUUAGCUGGAACAACAUCAACAAUUUCCCCCAUACGACUUUCAACUGGGUUGCCUUGGAUGGCAGCCAAGUUCUUUGCCAUAUGACUCCAGCAGAGACGUACACGGCCAGUGCCCACUUUGGAGACGUCCGUCGAAGUGUCACCCAGCACAAAUCGAUGGAUCAAGAUAACACCUCUCUUCUUGUGUUUGGCAAGGGUGAUGGCGGCGGAGGACCGACUUUUGAACAUCUCGAGAAGCUGCGGAGACUCCGAGGUAUGAGUGAUAAGGGCGAACUACUUCCCCGUGUUACAAUGGGUUCCACCGUUGAUGAUUUCUUUGCAAAACUUGAGGAAAAGGCUGCCAAUGGAACGGAGUUUGUCACUUGGUACGGAGAGCUCUACUUCGAGCUCCACCGAGGAACAUACACGACUCAGGCCAAUAAUAAAUUGUACAAUCGCAAAUCGGAGUUUGUUCUGCGUGACGUAGAGUUGCUUGCCACCCUAGCUACCCUCAAAGACCCCAACUAUAAAUACCCCAAGAAAGACAUUGACGAUAUGUGGGAGAGCGUUCUGCUCUGCCAGUUCCACGACUGUCUUCCCGGAAGCUCGAUUGAGAUGUGUUACGAUGACUCUGAUAAAGAGUAUGCAAAGGUAUUUGCAACGGGGUCAAGGUUAAGAAAAGAGGCGUUGAAGGUUCUUGGGUUUAGCUCUCAAGAAAGUAGAGCGGACCGUGGACUUGUGGCCAUCAACAGCCUUCCUUGGCCUCGUUCAGAGAUUGUACGAGUUGACGAUGCGAGCACUGCCUCGGGAAAACCGCAGUAUGCACUCGCUAAAGGCGGUAUGGGGGUAAUUGCUAUUCAGCCCCUUGGGUCGGUCCGGUCACCAUCUGUUUCCCUGAAGGAGGUGAAACCAGGAGUCUUCAGGCUCUCGAACUCCAAAUUGUCCCUGGAGGUGUCUAAUGGGGUAAUUACCUCUCUCGUUGAUUUAGAGGAGAAAAGAGAGGUUAUCGCAAAGGGCGGGAAGGCUAACCAACUCGUGAUCUUCGACGACAAACCUCUUUACUGGCAAGCUUGGGAUGUUGAAGUCUAUCAUCUCGAAUCCCGGAAGGAACUAAAGUCUGAGACAACGAAAAUCGCGGAGAACAGUCCUCAUCGUGUUAGUGUUGUAACAGAAACUAAAAUUAGCGACAAGAGUUGGGUGAAAUCAACAAUUAGCCUGACCGCCACUACUGGCGAUUCGACUCCUCUCGUCGAGAUGACCAGUGAAGUCGAAUGGCAAGAAACCAUGAAGUUCCUGAAAGUCGAAUUUCCCGUUGAUAUCGUGAACACUGAAGCGUCGUAUGAAUCACAAUAUGGAAUAACCAGAAGACCAACACACUAUAACACCAGUUGGGACAUGGCCAAGUUUGAAGUGUGCUGCCACAAAUGGGCUGAUCUGUCUGAGGCGGGCUACGGCGUCUCAAUCCUCAAUGACUCCAAGUACGGAUUCGCGACAUGCGGCAACUUGAUGCGCCUGUCUCUGCUCCGUGCCCCUAAAGCUCCCGAUGCCAACGCGGACAUGGGCCGACACCAUAUACGUUACGCAAUCAUGCCGCACAAAGGACCGUUGGACGCCCGUACCGUCCGUGCAGGAUACAAUUUCAACAAUCCAUUAGUCGUUCAACCAGCAUCUGGCACAGAGGCCUCCCAGCUUUUCGAUGCCUUUUCUCUCAAGGGCUCUUCGUCUCUAAUCCUCGACACCAUCAAGCGUGGCGAGGAUGACGAAGAUGUCUCCCGCGGCGAUUUCAAGCCGCGUCCCGGGCGCAGCAUUAUCCUGCGCAUCUAUGAGUCACUCGGCGGGAAGAGCCGCGGCUCCAUCACGACCAAGUUGCCUGUUAAGAAGGUGUGGAAGUGUAAUGUGCUCGAGGACGAUUUGGAGCAGUUGGCAGUGGUGCAGAAGACUGGUGCGGCGGAGGUGGAUAUUGAGUUGAGGGCGUUUGAGGUUGCGACGUAUCGGUUGCAAUUGUAA